CCGGAAGUUCAAAGAAAGGGGGAAACUAUUACCGAAGAACAUGAUAUGAUUUUGUUUAUUAAAUUACUGUGUAAAAAGAUGGAAAAGUUUAAUGAUUGGUAAAAAGGUCCGAUAAAGAAAUGGACCUCCCGUGGUCGGACGGGAUAUACCCAAGUGAUGUCCCUCGGGAUUUCGAGGAGGUCAGAAAUCGUGAAGACAGGAAGGAGAGAAUCUCCCUCUACUGGGAGUCCAUGGUAAACGAUCAGGAACCAAAAGUACACAAGAAUGCUCUCCUUCAUCUAAUGCAAGACCUGAAAGAUGAGGGAAAUGAUUUAUUUAAGGAGGGGGAUUUUGACACUUCCUGGAUGCACUAUCGUAAUGCCCUGUUUAUAGCCCGGAUACUGGAGCUGAGAUUCUAUCAUAUCGUAGAUAAGGAGUUUAAGUCUACUCUCUUCUCUAACAGAGCAUUCUGCUGUCUCAAAAAGGAAAUGUAUAUAGAAGCUAUAAAGGACUGUGAAUCAGCUUUACAGAUUUUUCCUGGCAAUAUAAAGGCCUACUACAGACAGGUUCUGGCCCUGAAGGCACAGAAUAGACUUACAGAUGCUCUGUCAGUAGCUGAACAAGGCAUGGAGAUCAAGCCUGGGGUUUUUAAAGAAAUAUUAGAAGAAUUAAAAGAAUUAAUAGAAGAAGAGGAUAAUACUGCUAGUGUGUCAGCCAAGAAUGCUAAAUCUGUAGAGGACCAAGAAUUAGACGACGAAUGGCUACAGGGAACCAAUAUUCACGUUAAUAAGCAAAUUGAAACAAAACAAAAAAUGCCUGCAAAGAAAAAUAAAGGAAAGUCUAACAAGCAGCGUGCUCAGACCAAUGGAACCAGUAACAAUAAUAACGCUAAGGUGGCGGUGAAGCCGGCACAGGAGAUAAAGAACGGGGACAUGGAAUCGUCGGGGGCAGAGUCUGAUGACACGGAGGGGACGGAUGACCGCCUCAGUGAGGAUGAAAACUUUGUCAACAACUUCAUGAGCAUUCGUAACACUACACUGGGCAAUCCCGGACACACCUUUAUGCAUAAUUUCGCUCCAACAGUUGAUAUAUCUGAACCAGAAAAUAAGAACCAGGCAAUGGGAUUAGAUUGUUUUUCCCCACCAGCAGGUAAAUCUCCUUCUAAGGUCGAGUUUCCUCAUCACACUUCUACCAUCUCCAGUUCUGCCUCACCCCUGUCCUCCAGAACUUCUACACCAAGCAUCAGGCCAAUGAAUCCAUCAGCCAUUAUUGAAAUAAAGAACAUUAAGUUUCCAUUGGAUGAUAAUUAUGACUGGAGGUUAGCCUGUAGACAGUGUUUUGUAAAGAUAGGAGAAGGUAUAAGGGGAUUUCAGUAUCGUGGGAACUUACCACAUGAAUGUACCAGACACAUACUGCUAGUAAAAGUAAGAAGAGAAGGGAUGAAUUGGAUUAAGGUUAGACCACGCCCAGAGUCUAAAUUUCAGCAGUUUGGAAGUUACAAGAUCUGUACCCACUUCAGCAGUGGCAACCCCUGCGCUGUCGGGGAGGAGAAGUGUACAUUCGCUCAUAAUACAGCUGAGAAGACCCUGUGGAACAUGGACAGGAUAGGGAGCUUUCUUCUGUUAGACUUCAUUAGUAAACUCCAGCAGUAUAAAAUAGAUAACGGUGAGGAGUUAGCCCGAUUACAGGCAGUAGAGUCUAGUGAGGAUAAGUCAGCCAGCAUACCAGGCCUCAACUACAAGACCAAACAGACAAAGCCUGCUCCGUUUGUUCCUGUGGAGCCCAGUCCGGCCCUUGUGAAGCAGCCUCUCCUGCCAACCCCACCUAGACACCAGGCCCCGCCCAGUAGUCUGCCGGCUGCCCCUAUAAUGAACAGGCCACCUAUGCCUGGACCCCCACCUCAACGUUUUCAUGACCCUUAUCGUUUUAUGAUGCCUCCCCCUCCCCCUCCCCCAGGAAUGGGACCCUUGCCUCCCCGAUUGCCAUAUCCACACCUAGCACCGAGGAGUAUGUUCCCAAUGCAAGGUCCACCCAGAAUGAUGCCCCCAUUUAAUGCACCCACAUCCCAGGCACAGAUCCGACCUAACAUGAUGAGGCCACCUGCUCCCAGGCCAGUCGCUGACUCUGCUCCUAUGGAGGACCCCUCAGAAAGUGUCUCUAAUUUUACACAAGACUUUCCUCCAAGUCUGGCCUCAAAAUUGGAAUAUAAACUGGUCUGUAAAAACUGUUAUAAGGUGAACACUCUUAAAGGAGUAUACAUGUACCAACCAACUCAGCAUGUAUGCGAGGAAAAUGUUCUGGUAGUCAGAGAAAAGCACUCCAAUGAUCCAUGGCUAAAAAUCAGGGAGAGGAAGAACCACCGGGUAUUCUCUGGCAGCUACAUAAUGUGUAAUAGUGUAGUGGUGGGAGGAUUGUGUCGCUAUGGUGAGGACAAUUGUAGCUUUGCUCAUAAUACAUGGGAACAGAAGUUAUGGACCAUGGAGAAAGAUGAGGAGUUUAAUAUCUCAGAAUUCAUCAUACAGAGUAGAUCAAAAAGUCUAGAUAAAGGCUACUCCAUUGCUGAUAUUCUGCAGAGACAUUCAGGAUACCUCAGCUUUGUAUGUAAGGCCUGCUUCUAUAAUACACCCCAGAUGAUAAAUAGAGAGGGAGCCGAAGGUAAAUGUAGUGGUAAAGGGAAACAUGAUUGGUCGGACUAUAAAAUCCUGGCCCACUUCAGCACUGACGGCGCAGUCACAAUCAUCAAUCCCAGGGGGUUCCAACACAAGACGGCAUUUUUCAAAGUCUGUAAAUGGCUGCAUUAUUGUCGUAAUAGGAUAAAUGCUGAGUGUAGGUUUGCUCACAGUUUGGUUGAAAGAGACUUGUGGAUGUUUGAAAGAGACACAGGAUUUUCUCAGGAGAAGAUAGUUGAACUGGCCAAUAAAGAGCUGGGUAUAUCAACAGGUGCCACUGAGAUGAAGACUUACACAUCAGAGAUCACACCAUCGGCUACUCUGUUCCAGGCCCCUGCUAUGAAGACUCAAAAUGUAGCCCCUAAAGCUGUCCCCCAGGUACCCGACACCAAACCUCUGGCCAGCGUUGACGAAGAGGGGGAUGAUCUGUGUCCUUUUAUUAUACAAGAACUGUGUUUAACUUGCUGGAAAAAUGGCAAGAAAAGCUUUCAGGAUGGAACAAAAGACAGGUGUGUGAAAAUCCACUCCAACUGGAAAAUGAACCGGGUGUACUUGGUGUCUCCCUCCAACAAGGAGAUUCGGGUUCUUCCUAGGAAAAUUCCCACUGGAUUCCGGUUCAUCCUGUGUAGUUACAUCGAGAAGCGCGGGAAGUGUGGAUACACUGGAGGCGGUCCAUGUCAGUUUGCUCACAGUCAGGAGGAACUGGAGAUCUGGCAGUGGAUGUGUGUUCACGAUGUUAAGAAAUUGGAAGAUCUGUACAUAGCUAGUAAGGAAGCCCAGAUCACCAGGAGUGCCCAGAAGAACAAGGCGAUUAGUGGAGAGUCGGUGGUGACUGUCACAAAGAGAGUCAACCUGCCCACUCAGGUCAAGUACAGUAUGUACUACUGCUCGUACUGUGGGAAGCAGUGCAACAGCGAGAAACAGUGGGACGAACACACCGCCUCCGAAAAACACAACUUCAACGUCAACUCAGACAAGGAGCAUCAGUGGAACCACAGACAGCCCCCGUGGGGACUACCCGGCACCAACUACGAACUCUGCUUCAAACAUGUGGAGGGCAGGAAGUGUCCGUACUCUAACGUCCCCGACAUGUACAAUAUGUGUCAGUACGCCCACAGUGAGGAGGAAGUGGACGAAUGGCGGGAGAGGUACGAGUGGCGACAGAUGAAACGUGAAAUGGCUCGCCAGGAGAAGGUCUUCUCCUUCAUGGAUGAACUGCUGGAGCAGUACCAGUCAGCAGAACACGGGAUAAAAGUGAUUGCAGAAGAUCUGCCAGAUGUAGAGGUGACCUGUGAUCAGGAGUUAACUAUUUAUGAGGAAAAGAAGAAUGCCGUGUUUGCCUGGAUAUUUGAUGUUCAAUCAAAGAGAACACUGGAAAAAGUUGCCCUACUGUACAACAAAGACCGCCUUCAUUUCUCUCUGAAGGAGAAUGAGAUAGAUAAGAACACACAGAUCGCCCAGGGUGAUUCAUUCCAGGUCACCAACGACCAUUACCGUGUGGAGGUACACUUCACUGGGAACAUGUUCGGCUCAUUCAACCAGUGGGUGAUAUUUGACUUUGGCACUCUGCCAGUACUGGUCAGGAAGCUGUACGUAGAGGUAGGAACCGUUGGGACUCAUGAGAGGGUUAGGUCUCUCAGGGAGAAGCUGCAGUUUGACCACUGGACAGCAGAAAACAGGGAGAUUGUUCGGUACGAGGGGGCUAAUGUGGAUGAGCUUGAAAAGAGAUUGACCAGUAAGUAUAAAUCUCCAACCUCCUCUGACAGCGUGAUCAGUCAGCACAGUGUGACCACAGAACUCAACUGGAACAACUACCACCACAAAAUGCACCAGUUACUGGAGAUGGAGGAGAUGAAGCGACACCAAAUUAUAUCCAGCUACAACUUGUGUAAGACUAUCACAGUGUUGGGAUCCAUUCAGGAGCAGAUGCUUGUGUUUCCUGCACAGAAGGGUGAACUGUUCGCCAAAGUUCCUCUGGCAGAGUACCUGACUGAGGACACAGACGCAGGCAAACUGAUUCUAACCAGUGUCCGCUCAGUGCUGCUGGCUCCGCAGAGCCAAUCUGGUUCCAACGUAUAUGAGGGAGUGAUUGUUGGGAAGGAUAACUUUGAUUUUGAUGGGCGUGGCAAGGAAUACCUUUAUCUGUGUCUCUCCAGUAAAUGUGUGCAGGGUCUGAAGCUGAAACCUGGAAUGACCCUGAAUGUGGAGAUACAGUUCCAGAUGGACAGGAGGUGGUUCUGUAUGAUGCAUUAUGCUGUAGAUAAUCUCAGUUCCACCGACGUUGUAUUCCCAGACCUCUCUAAGAUUAAACCUUUCCAUGAGAAAUCUACACUAAGUAUAAACUCCUCUGUGUUGAAUGCCGACCAGUUAACAGCAGUCCAACACAUCGUCACAGAGCGGUCUGAAUACAACCCACCAUUUGUAAUCUAUGGUCCUUUUGGCACUGGUAAAACAGAAACCAUUGCUCAGGCUGUAAUGGUUCUUAUCAAGGAGAGGAAAGACUUUAAAAUCCUCAUAUGUGCUCAGUCAAACAGUGCUGCUGACCUGUAUAUCACGAAACACCUAGAUCCUUUCAUAGAGAAGACAAAGAGUAAUGCCAAAAUCAGAAGAGUGUACUUCAAAGACAGACGAGUGAACACUGUCCACGACAAGGUCAAGAAAUACUGCAUGUUGACCCCAGAUAAGACAGCCUUUGAGUUCCCAACUCAUGAAGACAUUACUAAGCACAAUAUAGUGAUAGUGACCCUAUCCACCUCCCUGUUGCUGGCAGAGUUGGGGCUCCAGGAUUACUUUACUCACAUCUUUGUGGAUGAAGCGGCCCAGACUCUGGAGGCUGAGGCAAUCAUGCCCCUGACCCUGGCCAGUAAGAACACCUGUGUGGUUCUGGCUGGUGACCAUCAACAGAUCAGCCCGAAAGUCUACAGCCCCGAGGCUUGUGAGCAGAAGUUUGACAUGUCUCUGUUAGAGAGGCUAUUCCAGUACUAUGACUCCUUCUCCCACAAAAUAGAUCCUGCCAAGCCACUGAACAUUCUGUUGAGGAUCAAUUACAGAACCAAGAUGGAGAUCUUACGGUUUAUCUCUGCCAUAUUCUAUGGUGGCCCUGAUAAACUGGAGUCCAAGGCCAACCUCCCCUCUGUGUUGGAGAUCACUCCUCUGAUGUUUUAUGCUGUGCAGGGGAUGGAGAUCCAAGAUUCUGACAGUAUCUCCUUCUACAACAUGUCUGAGGUUCAGGAGGUGGUGGAGAGGGUUUAUGAGCUGUACAACAGGUGGCCUACAGAGUGGGGCGAGAGGAACCCCCAAACCAUUGGGGUAGUCACUCCAUAUUACGACCAGGUACUAUUUAUAAGAAAGUCUCUAAGAAAGAAACACCCAGAACUGAAGAAUGUGACGGUUGAGAGGGUCAAUAAUGUUCAAGGAAAAGAGUUUCGAGCACUGUUUAUUUCUACUGUGAGGACUCGCAGCUUGAUUGACAACAAUUAUAACCCGGAUAAGGAGUGCGAAGGGGACGGAGGUAACUUUGGCUUCCUGUCAGAUCCCAAGCUUCUGAACACUGCACUGACCAGGGCCCAGUCCUUUGUGGCGGUGGUUGGGGACCCUGUAGCCCUCUGCGCUAUAGGAGAAUGUCUUAACGUCUGGAAGACCUAUCUGAAGCACUGCCAGAACAUGAAGAGUAUCCAUCCCACUAGUUUGACUCUAGACUCCAUCAAACAACAGGUGUCCAAUCUAGCCCAGUCUCCAGCCAGGCAGAGAAUGGUGGAAAUGAGUGGACAGAACAGACCUCAGGCCUUGUCACUACCUACUCAAGGUCAACUGAUGCCAGCACCCCUCUCUCAUCCCAGCAUGCAAGGUAAAGCUUGGAGCCAAAGUAAGCUGACUUUAGGGGGUAGUCCUGUAGUAAAUGCAGAAGUUAGGCCUCUUACAAGGUCAGUGUCACAGUUAAAUGAGAUCAGAGGGAGACCUACACCUCACACCCAGGAGGACAGGAUUGUGUACUCGUACGACUGGAGUGAAUGUUAUGAUACAGCCACAGAUGAUCUGUUGAAGCAGAUGGCAGAGGAAGCUAUCAGAAUGGAGAGAUCGAAGAAGCAGAAAGAAAGCUCUCUGUUCCCUGAUGGCCCAGUAUAUGUAGAACAUAUUGACUUUAUAGAAACUAAUGGUCACAUUGAGCUGUGUUAUAGUAAGGACACAACACAAUCUAGUAAGAGUGAAGAUUUUAAGGAGAUUCAGUUGUAUGAUGAGGCACAUCUUCAGACCAUGAUGCAGAAGUAUCCUGAUAAGUUUAAGAGAUGUAUCUUCAGUAAAGACUCGGAUAGAAUGCAUGCUGAGGUGACAGAGCAAAGGGCUAGUCAUAGCGUAAUAGAGAUUGGUAAUGUCCGAGACUGUGGAACAGCUAUGGAUGGAGAUGAGGUAGUGGUAGAAAUUCUGGCAACAGAGGAUAUAGAUGAGUUAGAACUAGAUAACAUGGACACGUGUCUUCAUGGAAGAGUGGUGGGAAUUCUGAACAGGAAGAUUGAUCCGGAGUAUAAAUGUUUCGUGUGUCGUGUAGAUCCAGAUAACACAGGAAUAAUGAUCCCCAUCAACACCGGGGCACAUCAGAUGUACUCUCUGUCGGCGUCGGGGGAGAGGUGUAACAGUGAAGUGCCAGUGUAUCAUAUCUCUAAGGAAGGACAGGUUAUACAGAGUCAGGCUGUGAAGAUUAACCAGAUAAACUGUCAAGAAACUUUAUUUGUUGUGAGGUUCUUAAAGUGGCACCCUAAACUCUACCUGCCGCUAGGAUUAACAGUGGGAGUAAUUCCUGCAGGCACCACUCAGCAGACAGCCAUUAACAUUCUGAACUUAGAAUAUGAUAUCAAGAAAGAGACUAGCAAGGCUGUAGAGCAAGAGGUCUCUUCUAAUUUCUCUUCCGAUUUCACCAUCCCAAUGGAGGAAUACAGUAAACGCCUGGAUUUACGUGAGAAGUGGACUUUUUCGAUAAGCUCUGGGGACUCUGAAGAAAUUGGUCAGGCAUUAAGCAUUGAAGAGACGACUGAUGGAAAUUAUUUUAUAGGGGUUCAUGUAAGUGAUGUGACUUAUUUUGUUAAGGUGAACAGUAAUAUUGACACAGAAGCUAGGAACAAAACAGAGUCUAUUAUUCUUCCUAACAAAGAAGUAAUUCACAUGCUACCAGAAAAACUAAGUACGGAUCUCUGCAGCAUCAAACCAGAAGUAGACAGACUUACUCUGUCCAUCUUCUUAACUGUAACCAAAUCUGGAGAAAUAAUAAAAGCUGAACCUAAAAGGUGUAUCAUCAACUCCAAAACAAAGUUCACUUUCAAAGAAGUAGCAGACAUUUUAAUGGAUCCUGAUGCAGCAGCUGAUUAUCUGAAGAGCUGUAUAAUAGUCUUGUUCCACAUGUCGCGAGUUUGGCGGAGGCAGAGACUGGGUAACGCGAGUCUGUAUCAGGAGGCUGACAUCACACACCAAGAUAAACACUCACCCGAGGCCUACUUAAUGCUACAGGAGUUAAUGAUACAGACCAAUCACAAGAUGGCGGUGUUCCUGCUUCAGCGCUUCCCCAGCAUGGUGCCCCUGUAUUGUCAGAGCCAGCCUAAUGAAGCGGAGCUUGAGCUGUGGAGACAGGAGUAUUUUGCUGAUGCCCUUAAUUCUGUUGCCCUCACUAAACCUUUCCUGGAUGGUAACAAGACAUGUCAGUGUAAAAUGGCGUGUACUUGUAUUAUAAACUAUAUGAAGCGUACCAGUAACAUUAAAGUACAUGAUUCUUUCGAUGUUUGUCAGGCACUCUGGCAAGCUCUCUGUGAAGCAGCAGAAACAGGAAAUGUGAGUUUUGUACAGAAUGUAAUCAUUGCAGCCGAGAGCCACCCUCAGCUAGCUGUAGCCUUGGUCAAACUAAAUGCAAUUCAAAGAAAAUCAAAGUAUGUGUGUUCUGCUGAUGGUACAGAGCUUGGCCAUUAUUCCUUAAAUCUUGCUCCUUAUGUCCACUUUGUGAAUCCAUUAAGUCGCUAUAUGGACCUGGUUAUGCACAGGUUGUCCUUGGCUGCUAUAGAGGGAACCGCUGUAGGCUAUAACCAGUCUGAUAUAAAACAACUUUGUUCUUACCUUACUAACUCCAGUGAUAUUGUCAAACAGUACCAGCAAGCUGUUCAAGGUAUCCAUCUCUCCCUGAUGCUAAAAUCUAAGCCAAUGACCAUGUUACCAUCAAUAGAAAGGAUAAAUGAGGAAGAAAUUGUACUCUGUUUUCCUCCAACCUUGGGGAAAAUCCCAGAUUCUAAGAGAGUAGUAAAGAUAAAGACACUGGCAUUGAGAGAACCUGCUAAACCAUUGGACAGUAAAGCAGUACAGUUGUGCUGGCAGGAGCAGAUAUACGACCCGGAGGCUCCGUCUGAAGAGAUCGCGACCAAUGAGGAGGAGGAGAUUAACCCGAACCAGUACAUCUACCAGAUCCCCUCAUUCCAUUGGCAGAAGCUCCUUAUGUCCAUCAGAGAUGAGAACCAGUCUAAGCUACAAACCACUGUUAUGUCUGUAAAAGACCAGGUCAAAAACCCCGCUCAUAAUAAAAACUUUGCCACAGAAAUAACAACUGAACGCCUUGUAAAUGGGAAGAUGGUCCCGUAUACUGAUUUUACUGUCAAGUAUGGUAACUCUGUCCUGGUAGAAGUACAGGUGGUUGCUGAGAAAUACAAUGGCUUGCUGACGCCCGCCAUUCAACUCCUGAGUAUUGUUCCAAACUUGGACAUUUGCCUUGAGCAUCGUUCAGACCCCAGGCAGUGCUUUGCUAAAGAACGAGUUCAGUAUGCCUCUAAGAAAACGUAUAAAGAUGAGAAUGACUAUGUGGAUUCCUGGUUAAGUGUUCUUAAUAUUGAGGCAGCUAAAACUGCUGUAGAAGAGACUAGUUCUGUUGUAAUAAGGAAUGUAUUUCUACACUGGAAGACUCAGGGGACAGGGAAGAAGAUAUACACAGCGGAGUUCAGUUUACCCCUGGAGUUUUGUAAGAACAGAAACAUCAAGUUCAGUAAUGACUCAAUGUUAGAAGAUUUAUUUAAUCCUGAUAAUGUACACUAUGCUGAGAGCUAUUUCAUGGACUUUGUGUGUGUAAGGUACUGUAACCUCCAAGUGACUGGCCAUAAAGAACAGGACAGAUCAGUGGAGCAGACAUUGAGUGGCGAUGCGAUGGUAAAAUGGGUGGGGCAUUGUGUGGUCACCUCGGUAACACAUAAUGAUAAGGAGUUCAAGGUCAGGCUGCUGUUACACCAGAGUAAUGUGGAACCACCAUCUUAUCUACGGAGUCCACAGAUCAACAAGACACCCUGUACCAUAGAGUGGGUCUCCAAGACUGAGAAAGCUAGACAGAUGGAAUGUGCCAUAAGGACCAUUCCUGACAGUGGACAGUUAGUUAAAGAUAUUGCUCUUGGCAAAACACCAGUUGCCUCUGUGGACUACCGCGAUGUCGAGUUACUGCAACAGUUUCCGGCUCCUGGAUUACCUCCCCUUGAUCGUGUACAAGAACAAGCAGUCUCCAUGGCAAUGAAGCAGCCAUUUACUGUCAUAUCUGGACCCCCAGGGACGGGCAAGUCUCUGAUGGCUGCCCGCCUAAUAUAUAUGCUGUCCCUCAGGAACAAGAUGGUCCCUGUCAGUGGGACCAAGCCUCAGAUUUUAGUUUGUACUCCCAGUGACCAGUCCCUUGAUGUGAUUGUAGAACAAUUAAACCGUCUUGGACAGAGCUGUCCAAAGAUUUUAAGGGUGUAUGAUGAAAAGGUAGAACAGCAGGAAUUUCCGAGUCCAAGACUGGUACCGAAGCUGAAGCUGGCUGUAGACAGUGGUGACGAGACUCUGGUUGUGGAGGAAAGGUUUGCUCUCCACCACAAGAUCAGAAACCAGGAUACAUUGUUUGGGCAGUCUAUCGUACAGUUUGACAUGCUGUUUAGGUUGUAUCCAGAUGACAUUACAAGUCAGCAGAUUGAGGAGUAUGAGGCGACAUUGAGGAAGGCUGAGGUGUCUGAGCUGAGCGAGGCAGAGGUUGUGGUGUGUACCUGUAUGACUAGUGCUAGAACCCUGAUCAAACAAGGCUGUAACGUUAACCAGGUGGUAAUAGAUAACUGUGGCAUGGCUUCGGAACCAGAGUGUAUGAUUCCCAUUGUAACAUUCAGUUCGUCUAAGCAGGUGGUUGUUUUUGGAGACUGCCAGCAGGUGCCCCCUAAAGUCAGCUGUCCGGUGGCCAGGAGUUUGGGACUUGGUGCCUCCUUGUUAGACAGAUACAGGGAUAGGGCUCUCACACUCAACACCCAGUACCGCAUGCAACAAGGCAUCAGUGAUUGGGUAUCUAUGGUAACAUUAGGGAAGACUUUGGAGUGUGGUAAUAAGGAUCAGAAGCAGGAGGUGGCUCUGUUCAGUAAUGAUAAGUCUGUGACCUUCUGUCAGUUCUAUGGUAAGGAGGAGUCCAUCAGACAGGACGCCAUUAACCAGGAGGAAUCCAGCCUCGCGGUUGCUGUGGCCUCUAAAUUGGUCAAUCGUCACCGACUGACAGAGGAGAGUAUUGUCAUCCUGUCCUUCUGCCAAGAACAAAGCGGCCUCAUUUCUAAAAAGCUCCAACAGAAGGGCCACAAGAACAUCACUGUGUUGACUGUAGACUGUUGUCAAGGACAAGAAUGGGAGAAUGUUAUCUUGUCCACGGUUCGAUCAUUGCCUGCACACAAAGUAGAGGUUAAAUCCACCACUGAAUGGAAAAACCAGCAUCUAGGUCACCUGGUUAAUCAGGGCAAGGUCAACCUGGCCCUGACAAGGGCCAAGAAACGACUCAUUAUAUUAGGAAAUGAUAAUUUGCUGAGAUGUGAUGCAUUGUGGGAGAAGUAUCUACACUUCUGUAAGAGUAAAGGCCAGGUUGUGGAUGGCAGACAGUAUUUGAAGUGGCUGAAUUAGCGAGUUGUAAUCAGAAAGAACUGGAUGAUUACACUAGGGUUCAGAAAUGUAAUAAACUUUAAAUAUUUCACAUACCAAUGUUAUUUGUAACACAGAGCUUGAGAUGCUUGUGGAUCAUAUAUGAACUAUACAAUGUACACUGAUAAGAAUACUGUUUAUUCAGUUACAUAUGAUUGAUGAAAAAAACAUGUACAUAACCUGUAUACUUAUUAUGUUAAACAUAUAAUAGGUUUGCUUAUACAAUGUAAUAACUGCAUUUUUGCAUAUUUUCUAAUUAUAAACUUGAAUGCUUAUGAUAAACUUGGUGGCGGGACUGAAGUUGAAAACAUAUUAAAAGAUAUAUUUGUAAUCCUGUGUGUUAAACACUAGGAGAUUCCUAUAAACAGAGAAACUUAAACUUUAUACUAUGCCAAUGAUUGACAUGUAUUUACACAUUAAGCAUUGAAUGUUUCACAGAAUAGUUUCACGUUCUUCAAAUCGUUGGUUGUAUUUUGUAGUAAGUUAACACGAUGGAUGUAAUGCUAUACACGACGGACAUGGAUGUACUUGUAUAUUCAUGUGCAACAGAAAUGAAACACUUCAACCAGUUUGUCUAAGUAUUGAUUCUGUGAAAGUGAUGUUCAUGAACAUGUUGAUGUAAACUAGUUGCCCAGAUUGUUGUUGUUAUACAACUAAAGUACAUGUAACUUUAUGAACUGGAUUGUUUGAACAUGGUGUUAAUUGGUGUUAAUUAGUAAGCUUGAUAAUUUCAUAUAUUAGUUUAUGCAUGAAAUACAAGAUCAUAAGGUUAAGUCAUUUUAAUUUUUAAUAUAAUAUGAAUUAUCUGCUCUCUAUUAUAAAAGUGUUGUGUUUAGAAAAGAUUGCAAAUAGAUAUAUAAUGAUUGACAUUAUUUCAAUUAGUAACUGUUUGUUUGUUUAUUUUUAAGAGUAAUUUUUAAUGUAUGUAAAAUUUAAUAUCUGCUCUGUAUUAUAAACAAGCUGUGUUUAUAAAAGAUUGCAAGAAAGAUUUAAAAUGAUUAACAAUAUUUUGAUAAGUAAUGGUUUGCUUCUUUUUUUUUCUUAUGCUUGUUUGAAAUUUUUUUUUUUGUAAUGAAAUAAAAAUUGACAACUUCAAACAUAUCAA